CCCUCAUUCCCACCCUAAGGGGUCCCAAAGGGGACAGCCCCUACAGGGGGCUUCCCUAGGACCAGAGAGGAGGACAAGGGGCAACGGGUCAGGUAGCCACGGUGCCCUGGUCUCAAGGCACCUCCAUCGCAGGACUGGUCUGGCCAAUAGCCUCCCACCCCUUGGGUCCAGCGGUACCUGACCAAGGGCCAAAGGGCAGCCCCCCAUCGGGGGCUGAGAGGUUAGGGCUCCCAACCAAGAAGGGUUGCCUUGAUUCAGUGAGAUGUAGGGAGGAGGGCUUUGUCAGCUGGGCAGGUCUGGGUUAGGGGCACAGACUCUGACGGUGGCCCUAGGGGGAUGGUGGGAACCAGGAGGCUUGUUCUGUUCUGGGAUCUCCUGCCCAUGCAGGGGCAGAGCCAGCCUCUCCCUGAUGAACCCUGAGUGGGGUCUGGCCGCACCGGUGUGACCUUGGUAGGCUCAGAAGAAGCCCGGCAGCCUGUCCCAGCCAAGGCUGGUGGAAGGUCAUCCCUAAAGACUGGUCACCUGCUGGACACCACGGCCCUUCCCCCCGUGGCCAGCUGCCACCUGGGGUACAUUGGGACACUCCAGAACUAUCACUCAGGUGAACUGAACCCUAGAGGGUGGUCCUUGAAAUGGGCUUUGCUGCGUUGAGUUGGCCUUUCUACUAGCAGCUCUGCAGGGAAGCUAGAGGCUGCCUCAGCUGAACAGACAAAAAAACACCUUGAGGAGGGAAACUUCUCCUGGGGGUGAGGAGCCCUGUGUUUUAGUGAACUUCACUGACUCCAACCCAGAAUUGUAGCAACAUGUCCUUUUAAUGUUACCAUUUGCGCUCAGUUGGGGAGCAGGGAAGCCAGGAAUUUUGGAUGCUCCAACUCCGGGAAGCAGCACAGCUUCUCUCUGGACUCUGUUCUGCUCUCUUUCAGGACAGAAAUGGAGGGCUGGCCUCUGGGCCAGGGAAACCCAAGGGGGCAGGCGGGGUGGUGGCAGUGAGUGCAGGCUGGGGCCCCAGGCCUGGGUCUGUGAAGAACCUGGUCUGUGGCUCAUGUGCCUCUGCUGACCCAGAAUGGAGAACUUCCAGUACAGCGUCCAGCUGAGCGACCAGGACUGGGCUGAGUUCUCAGCCGCCACCGAAGAGUGUGGCCUCCUGCAGGCUGGCCUGGCCUCUGGGGAUGAACCCUUGUCUAGCGACACUGACCAAAGGGACAGCAGUGGCAGCAGCCCCCCAGGACCCUCACCCUUUCUCGAGGGGCAACUGGCUCCCGGAGGAAGUAGCUGGCCCAGCUUUGAGGAGGAGGACAAGGCUGCAACCCGGCAGCUGGUCAGCAGGUCUUGGCAUGAGCCCAUGCUGGCCCCAGAGGCCUGUCAGCAGACGCCCAGCACGUCCGCACGGUCAGAAGCUCGGCUGUCCCUCAGCCCUGGUGCCACCCCUCUCAUCCAGGGCUCAUCCCUCCCGGGGCCAGUGUCUUCCAGAGACGAGAUGCAGAGGCUUCUGCAGGGGCCAGCCCCCCGGGGCCCUGACCCUGCUCCCGCUGGUGAGCCCGCUGGGAGUCCUGAGUCCCCUGGCCACAGUGCUGCCCCCCAGAGGUCCCCUGGCAGCCCUGGAGCCCCGCCAAGAAGCCCUGGCCGAAAGAAGAGGCGCACUGCAGGCACCAAAGCGGGUGGGCGUUCCGGUGGCCCAGGCCCUGCUCCCACCCAGCUGGGUUCCCCACUGCUCACAGAGGCCAAGCCUGAGGACAGCCUCAGCCCUGCUGGGUCCAGGGGGAAGGGUCUCCCGGCAGGAGCAGCAAAGCAGACAGCAGGAACUGGGCCAGAGUCUGCAGGAGCCCCCGAGCAGGUGGCCAGACAACGGCCAGGUGUGGAUCUGCCUACGUCUGUCCCUACUACUGAGCAGGGAGCAGACCGACUUGGAAUGAGCCCCAGAGCUGAGCCAUGCGCUGCGUCCACGUCUGACCCAGGGGCUCCUCUAGACGUCACCAUGAAGUCAGACGUGGCUCUAUCCACACCUGCCUCCAAACCUCAACCUGAUGAGUCUCAGUCUACACCUGCUUCCAAGCCUCAACCUGAUGAACCUCAGUCUACAUCCGCCUUCAACGCUCAACCUAAUGAGCCUCAGUCCACACCCACCUUCAGUCCUCAACCCGAUAAGCCUCAGUCUACACCUGCCUUCAAGCCUCAACCCGAUGAACCUCAAUCUACACCCACCCUCAACGUUCAACCCAAAGAGCCUCAGUCCACACCCACCUUCAGUCCUCAACCCGAUGAGCCUCAGUCUACACCUGCCUUCAAGCCUCAACCCGAUGAGCCUCAGUCUACACCCGCCUCCAAACCUCAACCCGAUGAGCCUCAGUCUACACCCACCUCUGAACCUCAACCCGAUGAGCCUCAGUCUACACCCACCUUCAAGCCUAGACUGGAUGUGGACCUGCUUGUGCCGGGCCCAGUGGUCCAGCCAGAGGUGGAUUCAUCUAUGCCUGCCUCAAAGGCUGUACCAUGCACAGCUCUGCCUCACCAUGUGCUCGAGGCUGGGUCUGAUGUGUGUGUGUCUACACCACCUGCUCCCACACCCCAGGCUGGGCCUGACAUGGUGGAAGCAGAGGUUGUUCCCGUGGCCAAGCUGGGUUUGAGCCCUGUUUGGUCUUUAGAGGGACACCAACAGAAGCCCAGAGGGGAGCCCUCAAUAGAUGCCUCUGGACACCACACUGGGGAGCCCCCUCUAGGCCCCAUCCAAGCACCCAGGAAGAAGAAAGUGCGAUUCUCCAUGGCUGUGCCCAGCUCCGAAGAGCCAUGGUCAGGAGAGGUCUCAGGCCCACCCUCUCCGGCCACAGCCCCCAGGAUGGCAUCUGGGGGCCACAGAGGUUCUGGAGCCUGGGACUCUGUGGCAGUUGGGCCCCGGAGCCCUCAGCCUCGGAUUCUGAAGCACCUGCCCCCGCCUGCCCCCUCUGCCUCCAUGGGGCCAGGGCCCAGGAGCUGCUUUGCAGUGACCCUCCCGGAAGCCUAUGACUUCUUCUUUUGUGACACCAUUGAGGAGGAGGACGAAGAGGCUGAAGGGGCAGCAGAGGCUGCCCAGGCUCCAGCUGAAGUCCAGUGGCCGGAUGUAUGUGAGUUCUUCUUCCAAGACAGCCAAAUCCAGAGGUCGAGGCACCAGGAGGGCCGCUCCCAAGCCCCACCCCUACAGGCUGGGCCUGUGCCGGCCCCUCCACCUGGAGACCCCAUGCCAAUCUCCAUCCCUGAGGCAUACGAACACUUCCUCGAGGAGGACAGGUCAGGGGGCACCCUGGGGCCAGCCGCCCUUCUCCAGACGCAGGUCACAGAGCCCCCCAGGUCAGUCCUCUGGGGAGUGGGGACUGGGGCCCCACCGGAGUCUAGCCCAGCCACAGUGGAACAGCUUACCCUGGCCAUCAGGGAAGCAGUGGCACCCCGGGGUCCCCUCACCUCAUUCACCUUCAGCCAGAAAGACAUGUGCAUGGUGUUUGUAGCCUUUGCUACCUGGGCUGUGAGAACGUCAGACCUGCACGCCCCAGAUGCCUGGAAAACAGUGCUGCUGGCCAACAUUGGCACCGUCUCUGCCAUCCGAUAUUUCCGCCGGCAGGUGGAGCGGGGGCGCCACAGCCGUAGUCGCAGCCCCAGCCCCAGCUCUAGCCCCAGCCCCUAGGACCCAGGUUCGGCCCAGGAAGAUGCAGGACAAGGAAAUGUCCACAGGUGCUCAGGACAAGGCGCUGCCCUCAGGCCUUGCCCUCUGACUCUUUGUGUUCUGCAGUGUCUAAGAUGGAGACUGUGUCCUUGGUCCCAGCUCCCCUGGACUCCACUGAGGGUCUGACCAGUGGCCGAGGCCAAGGCUGUGCUCCACGCUUGGGAGCAGGGAGAUUCUGGAAGGCUGGGCAGGUAGGGGCUGAGCAGGAAACUGGUUAGUAAGGUGGCCAGGUUAGCAAUAAAAAACACAGGGCAUCCAAUGAAACUUGAAUCUCAGACCCUCAGGAUGAGACCCACUUACACUAAGGAACUGUUUGUGGUUUAUCUGAAACCGGAAUUAACUGGAAUCCUCAUCCUAUGUGGUUAUGCUUCUGGAGGGAGGGCCACGACAGGGCAGUGGAAGUUAGAGGGGUUCAGAGCAGCAGCGAGGCCCCAGAAGGAGAUCUGGGCAGGGGGCAAGGGCAAGGAGGCAGAGAGCCUCGAGGCUGGGGGUGGGGGCACUGUCCCAGCCUCUGCCCUAUUUACAAGAGGCUGGGCCAGUGGAGGCCUCUGAGGCUUCUCUACCCUGGAACCCCAAAGGUCUGGUCAAGGCCUCCUUGGUUCCUGCCUGAGACGGUGAGCAGGUACCCAGAGGGGUAGGGAUUCGUAGGCAGGGCCUGGAGCCCAGCCUCUGGGGCGCCCUGGAGGAGCUGCAGAGAUGGAAGGCAAGGGUAUCGGGUGGAGGGAUUGGACACCUGGCUUUGCCCAGGGCUGAGAGGAGCUGGAGAUGGGACAGGAAAGUGGGCACGGCGCAGGCAGUGGUGGAGCAAGGGGUACUUGGGUGGGUGUCCAGCCCUGGAAGCAGCACAUGCAGGGCCCCCAGGACGCAGGAGACUACUGGCUGCUGAGGACAGGACGCAUGGACACACAGCACCAAUAAAACCUCCUCUUUCCUUCC